CCGACGCAGGACGAGCUUGCUUUCAUGGCUCUCCGGCGAGGUAUCUCUUCUGACUGAAUUUCUACAUUCGUGAGCAACUGUUCAUGCACGACAGUAGUGACGAAAGUGUAGUGCGUAAACGACCACCCGCCCAUUUGUAUCAAAUGUAGAUCUGGAUGAAGAUGUUUAAUUCACUAGAUCUUUUUUUCGUAAUGUCAGCUUGACACUUAUUUCGAACUCAACUCAGUGCGUCCGAGUGGUUGUUUAUGAAACAAACAAGUGCGUGUUGCCGAAAAACGAGACAGUUAGUGGCGUAUGUAAAAGUUGAUAAACUACAGAUGUCUGGUAUUCGGUGACAACCGUGAAGUAUAGAAGCGAAGCAAGAAGUUGCUGCACCUGCCGCAGUUGUACUCGCGGCGCCACUCACGUGUUGCAUGUGUGCCUUGGUUAUCCAUCAUGGUCGCGAACUAGGAACAGCUCCGAUUGGUCGGUUUCGUGGUCACGUGGCAUGGUAAUUGGGCUCCGGUGGGCGGGAAGGAGCGAACGAGGUCGUGGAGGAUCGCGAAAGUGGCGGAAGGAGAAGAGAGAAUAAGCAGCUGUCCACCGGGAGACCUGUGCUCGUCGUGGCCCCGCUCUUCCCAUUUCUUUUCUCUUUUUCUCCCUCUCCUUCUUUCUCUUUUUUCCUCCUUUCGAGAAAACGUCACCCCUUUUCGCAAGAGGCGGUGAGGUGUGGACGAUGGACCACAGUGCAGUGCUGUGCAGUGUGAGCUUAUGAGAAUAGAUACUAACACGAAAUGGUGUACCGGGUCGUAGUCAUUGAUAAAUAAAGGCAACGCAAUAAGAAUGCGGAAGUGAAGUGCGCGAUCGUCUGAAAUUAUUUUCUCUUUUCCUCCCCUGAACACAUCGUAUGUGUAUGUGCGCGCGCGUGUGUGCGUUUUUCGCAAGGGGGUACUCACAAAUAUGAGUUCUUUCCUGAUGAAUCCAUCCGCUGCUGGUGGAUAUCAUCACCACCAGCAUCAGCAGCAAACUGGGAAUCAUCACUUGGCCGCCACGUCUGUCAUGGUCGAUCCGAAGUUUCCUCCCAGCGAGGAAUACAGCCAAAGCAACUAUAUACCCUCGACUGGGGCGGAUUUCUUCGCCGGCAGCAAUAGCGGUCACCACUUGAGCCAUCCGCAAUCUCACCAGCUGCAGUAUGGCUAUCAUCAGCAUCACCAUCAGGCAGCAUCGACUCCUUACGGCGCUUCUUCCGCGGUACAAUUAAACGGCGGGUACACAGGAUACGGCGGAUAUUACGGGCCUCAUCAUCCUCAUCAUCAAGUGCACGCAGUCCAUCAUGCCAGUUUACAUCCUCAUCAUCAUGCGGUGGGUGCCCUGGCGAUGCCGCCGGAAGCUCAGCAACCUCCGCUCACGUGUCCCUCGUCGAUACAAAGUCAGCAGCAGCAGCAACAGCAGCAGCAGCAACAACAACAACAACCCGUACCGACGUCAACUGUCGUCGGCUCCACUCCUUUGUCGCCGUCUAUAAUGCAGAAUCACGUACAACCAGACGCCCUUCAGCAUCAUCAGCAGCAACAUGAGAACAAUGCUUGCAGUCCAACUGGUUCGGGUCAGUUGCAUCGAGAUAAUUCGCCUGAUCUUCAAACGCAACAGUCGUCCUCACAGCAACCUCAGCAUAUACAAAACAGCCAACAACAGACUCCUCAGCAGCAGCAGCAACAACACCAUGUGGAAGAUGGUAUGGAUGCAGAUGAUAUGGAAGAUGAUCAAAUGAUGGACGGUUCACCGGGAAUGAUGGAGGAGGAAGAGGAGGAUGAAGAGAACGGAGACCGCAUGAUCUUCCCGUGGAUGAAAAAGAUUCACGUAGCAGGUGUCGCGAAUGGCUCGUAUCAACCUGGAAUGGAACCAAAACGACAAAGGACUGCCUAUACUAGGCAUCAAAUAUUGGAACUGGAAAAGGAGUUUCACUAUAAUAGAUAUCUAACGAGACGACGACGGAUCGAAAUAGCGCAUACCUUAGUCCUGACCGAGCGACAGAUAAAAAUUUGGUUCCAAAACCGCCGUAUGAAAUGGAAGAAAGAUCAUAAACUGCCGAACACGAAGAACGUACGCAGAAAGAACGCAAACGGACAAGCACCAUCAGCAACGACGAAGCCCGCGAAGACCUCAGCGACGCGUGCGAAGUCGGGCACGGGUAACAACAACAGCCAAAGAAAAAACAACAAUUCACCUUCCAGCGGUAUGGAGAAUAGCCUGGACUCCAAUAUCGGUCUCGAUAUGGGCGAAGUUCACGGGGUCAGCUCCAGUCUUUCUCAUCCCAGUCUAACUCAUCCUGGCUUUCAAGGUCACCCUCAUCCUCUGGCUCAUCUCCAAGCGCAGCUGAGUCAUCAUCACGUGGGUGUAAUGAUAGAAGGUUCGUCGGGAGGAUCGUUGGGACACAUAGGUUCCGGAAGUAUCAGUCCUCUUGCUCCGGCUACCAGUCCUUCCGGAUUGUCGCAAGUGUCAGCUCCUGUACCACCGUCGGCGAUAAAAUCCGAUUACGGACUCACGGCCCUGUAACAUCUAUUUUGAUAGACACACACACAUAUAUGUAUAUAUACAUAUAAUUUUCAAUGUUUAAUUGACGAUCUUCCGCCGCGGACAAUUCAUUGCUUUCCUCGCUCCUUUGGAUAUUUAUUGCAGAUUAUAUAAACAGUUUGAGUUUUUCUCUAUCGAGCCUACUAGUAUGGCGAGAGAGAGAGAGAGAGAGAGAGAGAGAGAGAGAGAGAGAGAGA